CCCAAAGUGGUGGCUGAACUCACAAGCUAGGUAGCCACACACUGCGGGAAUUGCUAAAACGACUGCGUUGCAUUCGAGCACCACCAACGUGGAAGACGAUGCAGUGGUACUUCGUUGCGGCGCUCCUUACCAUCCUCACCAGCUCCCAGGGGAUUUUGACAACCCUCUCUCAAACCAAUGGACGAUACAUGUAUGACUAUGCAACUAUUCCAUUUCUUGCUGAAGUUUUUAAGCUAGUGGUUUCUAGUGUACUUCUUUGGCGAGAAUGCCGGGUAUCGCCUUCUACAAGGAUGACAACGGAGUGGAAAAGCGUGCGCUUAUAUCCUAUUCCUUCGGUCAUAUAUCUAAUUCAUAACAAUGUUCAGUUUGCUACACUAACGUAUGUGGAUACAUCAACUUAUCAGAUAAUGGGUAAUCUGAAGAUUGUGACAACUGGGAUAUUGUUCAGGCUCUUUCUGAGGAGGAAGCUAUCUAAUCUACAAUGGAUGGCUAUUAUUCUAUUAGCUAUAGGAACAACCACAAGCCAGAUUAAAGGUUGUGGAGAAGCUUCAUGUGACUCUCUAUUCUCAGCACCAAUCCAGGGGUAUAUGCUAGGAAUCCUAUCUGCUUGUCUCUCAGCAUCGGCAGGCGUUUACACAGAAUUUCUGAUGAAGAAGGACAAUGAUAGCUUGUAUUGGCAGAAUGUACAAUUAUAUACGUUUGGUGCAAUUUUCAAUAUGGCACGGCUUGUUGUGGAUGAUUUCAGAGGGGGAUUUGAGAAUGGUCCUUGGUGGCACCGAAUUUUUAAUGGAUAUAGUAUUACAACUUGGAUGGUGGUAUUAAACCUUGGCUCCACAGGCUUGCUGGUUUCAUGGCUGAUGAAGUAUGCUGACAAUAUUGUGAAGGUGUAUUCCACAUCCAUGGCCAUGCUGCUUACCAUGGUUUUAUCUGUAUACCUAUUCAAUUUCAAGCCUACGCUGCAGCUUUUCUUGGGUAUUAUCAUCUGCAUGAUGUCUCUACACAUGUAUUUUGCCCCUCCAAACAUGCUAGUGGAUUUGCCAUCAACCACUAAAGCAGCUCCUGAGAGUCUAAAAGAAGUUUGUGUUGGACGAAGAACAGAUUCCUGAUGUUCCUCCCAAUCAAGGAAUCUAUUGCUUUUGUCAGGUGUCCAGUGAAAGUUGUUCCUAACUUUAUGAAAUGACGUAUCUGGAAUAUAAUGAACUGAGGAUAUACCACGCUGUCAACGGAGAAGCAUCUGGGUUUUUCAGGGCCAGCUACUGCUACUGUCGAAGAGAUUAAUUUCUCACUGACAUUCCAAAGUUGUGACAGAAUAGACUGGCAUAUUAUAUUGAUCUCAACCGUUCUUAGCUGUAUUUUUGUAAUCAUACAUUGUCAUUAAAGAAGAGCCACAAGAAAUAUGCUGGUAGAUUUUUCAUCUC